AUGGCCAGGAAUGGUGGUACUCAUGUCGUUGCUGCAAUCCUUGGUCUCCUGGCACUUGCACCAAUGGUGAAGCUGGCUUCUGGCCAUGACUACGGCAUGGCAUUGAAGAAGAGCAUCCUCUACUUCGAGGCGCAGAGGUCCGGCACGCUCCCUCCUGACCAGAGGGUCACCUGGAGGGAGAGCUCUGGUCUCUUUGAUGGGAAAGCCAAUGGAGUGGAUCUAGUGGGAGGGUACUACGACGCAGGCGACAACGUAAAGUUUGGGCUGCCCAUGGCAUUCACGGUGACCAUGAUGUCGUGGAGCAUCCUGGAGUACGGCAAGCAGAUGGCUUCCGCCGGUGAGCUCCAGAACGCCAUGGGAGCCGUCAAGUGGGGCACGGACUACUUCAUCAAGGCGCACCCCGAGCCCGACGUGCUGUACGGGGAGGUUGGGGACGGCGACACGGACCACAACUGUUGGCAGCGGCCGGAGGACAUGACGACGAGCCGCCAGGCGUUCCGCAUUGAUCCCCAGAACCCCGGGUCAGACCUGGCCGGAGAGACAGCCGCGGCGAUGGCCGCUGCGUCGAUGAUCUUCCGCUCCACUUAUCCGGGCUAUGCCAACCUGCUCCUCGAGCAUUCUAAGCAGUUGUUCCAAUUCGCCGACAAGUACCGCGGGAAGUACGAUUCGAGCAUCACCGUGGCGAGGAAUUACUACGGGUCUUUCAGCGGAUACGGGGAUGAGCUGCUCUGGGCGGCGGCGUGGCUGUUCGAGGCGACUGAGGAUCGGUUCUACCUGGAGUACCUGGCGACCAACGGCGACGCGCUGGGCGGCACGGGCUGGUCAAUCAACCAGUUCGGUUGGGACGUCAAGUACCCCGGCGUGCAAGUCCUAGCGGCCAAGUUCCUCCUUCAGGGCAGAGCCGGCGAGCACGCGGACGCGCUGCAGAGGUACCGGCAGAACGCCGAGUUCUUCGUGUGCUCGUGCAUCGGCAAGGGCGCCGUCAACGUCCCGAGGACCCCCGGCGGCGUGAUGUACCACCAGAGGUGGAACAACCUCCAGUUCGUCACCAGCGCCUCCUUCCUGCUCACGGUGUACGCCGACUAUGCCACGGUGACCGGCAGGGGAGCUGUGCGCUGCCCGGCCGGUGCCGCGCAGCCCUUCGAGAUCCUCGCGUUUGUCAAGUCUCAGGUGAACUACAUACUGGGAGACAACCCGAGGGGGACGAGCUACAUGGUCGGCUACGGUCUGAACUACCCGCGGCAGGUGCACCACCGGGGCGCCUCCAUCGUGUCCAUAAAGACCGACCCCUCCUUCGUCAACUGCCAGGAGGGCUACUCGAGCUGGUACGGCAAGCAGGCCGGCAACCCCAACCUCCUGGAGGGCGCCAUCGUCGGCGGCCCCGACGAGUACGACGACUUCGCCGACGAGAGGAACAACUACGAGCAGACGGAGGCGGCCACCUACAACAGCGCGCCGCUGCUCGGCGUGCUCGCCCGCCUCGCCGGCGCGUGCGGCGGGCUCGACGAGUACCACCAGUCAGUCCCGGAGGUGGCUACUUCGAACGCGAACCACACAGUCCGGCCAUCUCAUCGACAUCAGCACGCUUCCGGGCACCUCGAGAUCGAACAGAACGUGACGAGGACAUGGGCGAGCAAGCGCAGGACCUACAACAGGUACUCGGUGACGGUGACCAACAGGUCCCGGAAGACGGUGCGGGGGCUCCACCUCGGCAUCUCGGACCUCAACGGGCGGCUCUGGGGCCUCGACAAGGCGCGGUACGGCUACGUUCCCCAGAAGUGGCUGCCGGCGCUGCGCCCCGGGAGGAGCCUCCGGUUUGGGUACGUGCAGCCGGGUCCUCCGGCGAAUGUAUGGGUCACUGGAUACAAGCUGAUCUGA